UUUUUUCUGCUCUAAAUCUUCUUACGCACCAUUCGCGGAGUGCAACCACGCCACCAAAACCGGAAAGAAAAACCGCCCGAGCACCAUAGCGUGAAAUGACGGGAAGUGCGGCGAUUUGCGAGAGCGCAGCGGCGACGCUGUUUGUGUGGCGAAUGAUUCUCUGCUGGGUCUUUGUCGGCUUCGUCGCGAUUGCCUGGUGGCAGAAGGAGAUACACGUGAAGAGCAGCCUGCCGGGGAAAUGCAUCGCCAGCCCCUGCAACGUGGAGACGGCACAGGGGUGCUACUGGGAUCCCAAGAACAUGACGACAGCGUACUGAGAUAUCAUACUUACAGUCGGAUGGUGGAGGAAGUUGAAUUGAUUUUGACGUCCAUCUUCGUACGACUAGUAUUUUUUAGUGGGAAUCGCUAUAGCUUGACCGCUCUUGUGGAUUUCAAUUUUUGUUAUCCGGGUGUCGGAUUGAGUCGAAAUUCGAUUCAUUACACAGGUGCGUAACGGAAUACGACGAUGGGCUCAGCACCUUUGAGAGCUUGCUGAUCGCCGCGUUCGUCCUUGCCGGCGUGGAGGCACUGCUUUCACCAUUGCACGCCGGCAGCCAAGCCGCGCGACUGAACGGAAUUUUGUUGAUAGCAAGGGUCAUAUCAGCAGUGCUGCUAGGUAGUCCGAUGUUCUGCUUUUUUUUUCUGGCGUUUGCAUCCAUGGUCGUGCACAUGCAUUAUUAUUUCAGAUGCUUGCACCAUCAAGUAGACCGUACUGCGAUGAAAACACUAUCUCCACCUUGACAGCUUGCUUCAUCGGCUCGGCCGCUCGAUGGGCGUACUUCUGGUUCCCAUUAUGCGGCGGGAUAAUCUACCCAGUAGCGGUUUCGAUCUUUCUCCUCAUGCAAGGAACUUUUGCCAUCCCCGCGUUCGGAAACAUGUUUUUCGCGUUCGUGGCGGCGCUCUUCCUCUGGAUACUCUAUAUGGCGGACAACAAGGCGGUGAUGAACGGCUGGAUACCGGCGGGUCACGGUAUUGCGGUACUCGCUGCCUUCGCGACGAGCUUGGCGGCUAGGAUGCCUAAGAAGUACUCACCACCGGAUUCCGCAACGGAGAGGAUGGAGUGAGUAUCGUGCGGGCCUUCUCCAGUUGGGCGCCGGUUUUUUUCCCCAUGGCCGGCCGUAGGAGCGGAUCGUGCCACGCAAGGUAGAGCGAAACGGGCGGGCUUAUCGCCAACUGCUGCGACGAAAGUGUUGACGCGGUAGUUUGAACGGGAUAGGUGGUAGUUCAAGGGCGGUGGAACAGGAGGUCUUUGUAGACCGAGGAAUGAACAAUUUGGAAAGUAUAGGUGCUGAGUGGCACAGGCACUACAAGGGACGUUUCCAGCGCAAAGCAAAUCUCUGUGGCUCGAAU